GCCCAGCCAUCGCCCCCCCCUCACCACCACCAUCGUCAGUCCCUCCACAGGCAUAGCAACUCGCCGGGGUUCCCACAACGUUUGCAAGGGGGGGUUCCUCUCGCGCGUGGUUCCUUUGCACGGUCCCUGUUGGGGAGGUGAGGGGAUCUGAGGGCCCUCGGCUCGCCAGAUGGCCAACUCGCUCGUGCGCGCCGCUCUGAGGAGCUCGGCGCUCAGAGACGUCGCGACGGGGCCCGCCAAGUUGCUGGUGGCUGGAGCCUCAUCGCAGAGAUGCAGCGUCAGCUCUGUUUCGCGAUCAAAGAUGCCCCCGCCAGCGCGGUACGGGGGGCGGCACACGGUCGCCAUGAUCGCCGGUGACGGCAUCGGCCCCGAGCUCAUGCUGCACGUCAAGGAGGUGUUCCGGUACGCCGGCGUGCCGGUCGACUUUGAGGAGGUGAUCGUCAACUCGUCCUGCGUGGAGGAGAACGACAUCCGUAACGCCAUCACCGCCAUCCGCCGCAACGGGGUCGCCCUCAAAGGAAACAUCGAGACGAACCAUAACCUGCCGUCGAUCUACAAGUCACGCAACCUGCUCAUUCGCACGAGCCUGGACCUCUAUGCGAACGUGAUCCUGUGCAAGAGCGUGCCCGGGGUGAACACGCGGCACCGCGACAUCGACAUCGUCAUCAUCCGCGAGAACACCGAGGGGGAGUACAGCAACCUGGAGCACGAGGGAGUGCCGGGUGUGGUGGAAUGCCUCAAGAUCAUCACGCGCAAGACGUCUUUGCGCAUCGCAGACUACGCCUUCAAGUACGCGCAGACGCACGGCCGCAAGAAGGUGACCGCUGUGCACAAGGCCAACAUCAUGAAGCUGGGCGAUGGGCUCUUCCUGCAGUGCUGUCGUGAUGUCGCCAAAAACUACCCGGACAUCGAGUUUGAGAGCAUGAUCGUGGACAACACGACCAUGCAGCUGGUGUCCAGGCCGAACCAGUUCGACGUGAUGGUGAUGCCCAACCUGUAUGGCAACAUCGUGAGCAACGUGUGCGCUGGCCUUGUGGGCGGGCCGGGCCUCGUCGCUGGCGCCAACUACGGUGAAGACUACGCCGUCUUCGAAACGGCGACGCGCAACACGGGGAAGAGCAUUGCGAGUCGCAACGUCGCCAACCCCACGGCCAUGCUGAUGGCCAGCUGCCUCAUGCUGGAACACCUCAAGUUGGGCAAAUAUGCCGAGCUGAUCCGGAACGCGGUGCUCAACACCGUGAGCGAGUACAAGAUUCACACUCCGGACAUCGGCGGGCAGGCGACCACGGUGGACAUGGUGCAGUCGGUGAUCAAGCAGGUGCAGCGCAACGACCUGCACCGCACGAUGUAGUGCGGGAGAGGGAGUGAACGAGCGAUGUAGGAGCAAACACGCACACGGUUCAGCAGCCAGAUUGUGUGCCAGAUCGCACACAACACAAAGAUCCUCUCCCCACCCACUCCCUCACAGUAUAAACGUAACGGAUUGUUGGGGCAAAUGCUGUUAGCGAUCACCAAUGAAAGCCAACUGCACAGUCGACCUCGGGGCAAGGCCCACGACCAGUUCAUAUAUUCCUGGCAGACGCGGGUUGGGAGUGUAGCCUGCUAACCACUGCGACACAAAGGCAUACACUUGCACACCUGGGGUGCACAUGCGUACAUCCACUACAGCAUACUCGCACAAGAUUCACACAGCACACACACAAGCAGAUUUCCACUGUCAAUGCAUUUGUCUAAAUCAGUCUGGCACACCCCUCCCCUAACCCCACACAGCUUCAUGUCUACAUCACCCCAACUGUCUCUCCUCCAUCUUCCCCCACUCCAAUGCAGCUGGCUGUCGUAUUCAAGUACUGUUUUGCAUGAAACGUGGCUAUAAACUUUGACUGCGAGUCGUUAACCUUGGCAGGCUUUGGGGUUUUGAACAUCGCAACGCUUUUAAGGCUUGCACCGUUCUGCACAUGUAACCCGUUAUCCCGAUUAUGUAACUUAAAAAAAAUAAAAAUCACUGCUCUGGACAAUGGAAA